CCUGUUUGUAAGCGCGCACGUGAACUUUUGUUUAGGGUCCAACAGCGCCUCCUGGUGGCGCAGAAAACCAUGAUAACUGAUUUCAGUGCAACACCGGAGCCCAAACAGCACGCAAGUUGAGGCUGCUGACGCGGGCUUCCCCAUUAAAAGUGCCUGCAUGAACUUUGCUUGGCAUCUCCGUAACGGCUCCAGGCUCACAUGCCGCUCAGCUCCAGCCGCCUGCAGAAGGACCUUCACUGCACAGCAUGUCAUGAUGUCCCGGCACACUCACGCCAAAAGAAUCGACGGCCUGGACAAGAACGUCUGGGUGGCGUUCACAUCAGUGGCGGCGGACCCGUCCAUUGUUAACCUUGGUCAAGGCUACCCAGACAUCCCCCCACCCUCUUAUGUCAAAGAGGCCCUGGCCAAAGCUGCGUCAGUGGACCGGAUGAACCAGUACACCAGAGGCUUUGGUCACCCGUCUCUGGUGAAAGCCCUUUCCCAGGUGUACGGAAAGGUGUGCGGACGUCAGAUCGACCCAUUCAAGGAAAUCCUGGUGACAGUAGGAGGUUAUGGUUCCCUGUUUAGCACCAUGCAGGCUCUGGUGGAGGAAGGAGACGAGGUCAUCAUCAUUGAGCCUUUCUUUGACUGCUAUGUUCCCAUGGUGAGAAUGGCUGGAGGCAAGCCGGUGCUGAUACCUCUACGGCCUAAGCCUGGAAAGAUCCCAACCUCAAGCACCGACUGGUAUCUCGAUCCAGACGAGCUCUCCAGGAAGUUUAAUUCCCGGACAAAGGCGAUCAUCAUCAAUACUCCCAACAACCCCAUCGGGAAGGUUUUCACCAGAGACGAGCUGCAGGUGAUCGCAGACCUCUGCGUCAAACACGACACUCUGUGCUUCAGCGACGAAGUCUACGAGUGGCUGGUCUACAAAGGACACGAACACGUGAAAAUCGCCUCUCUGCCUGGGAUGUGGGACAGAACGAUAACUAUCGGCAGUGCAGGGAAAACCUUCAGCGUCACUGGAUGGAAGCUUGGUUGGUCUAUUGGACCCGAGUCUUUGAUAAAGCAUCUCCAGACCGUCAUGCAGAACUCCUUGUACACCUGUCCCACACCUCUACAGGAAGCCGUGGCUCAAGGUUUCCUCCUGAACUACGAGAUGAUGGGUCAGCCUGAGUGUUACUUCUCUUCACUCGCUGAAGAACUGGAGGGAAAGAGGGACCGGCUGGCCGCCAUCCUGCAGGAGGCCGGGAUGACUCCUGUGGUCCCAGAGGGGGGGUACUUCAUGCUGGUGGACGUCACGCCUCUUGAUCAGGACCUGUCACACAUGACUGAAGAUGAGGCUUAUGACUACAAGUUUGUGAAGUGGAUGAUUAAGGAGAAGAAACUGGCAGCCAUUCCAGUCACUGCGUUUGUAGGAGAAGAGUCCAGGAAGCACUUUGAGAAAUACAUUCGCCUCUGCUUCAUCAAGCAAGACAGCACUCUGGAAGCAGCAGGAAACAUCCUGAAAAACUGGAGGAGAGUCUGAGGAGAACUGAAGGAGUCGAGGCCGUCUGCUGAGUAUCUGUUUUAUAAUAAAAAAUAAAUAACUCUAAAAAAUGUUGACGCCAGAGGGAGGUGACCAGUCUGCUGUGAGUUGUUUUUAAAUUAAAAGCUGGUUUGAUCCUGGAAAGAUCCAGAAAGAUGAUCUGGAUCUGAUGCAUUGAGUUGCGAGCUCCAGAUAAUCGUCUCCUGACAUUUAUUUUGAAAAUACAACAUUCAAAUGUUUUUCCAGAUGUUUGCUUCCACUCACUAGUACUUUUCAAUAAAAAUAAAUCCAUUAAAACUAA